AUGAUGUAUCAGUACAGAACCCCGUCCACGGUGCCAAGGCCAGAAUCCUAUCGCGAAGACACGAACGCAGCCGAGAGCAUAACUAAUGAGAAUUCUAAACGCCAGUUCUACCAGGACAUAGCCAGUGCAGCCGAAUCUGGAUGGGAUUUCUCCACUCGGUGGUUCGCUGACAAACUAACGCUCACCUCCAUUCAAACCACUAACAUUCUUCCUGUUGAUCUCAACGCUUUCAUCUGUUACAAUUUACACAUUCUAGGAGCCUUACACGCCGAAGUCGGAAAUGAGCACAAAAGUACCUCUUGGUUAACACAAUAUAUCAAAUUCCGUUCGGAUUUCGAGAAAGUUUUCUAUGUGAAAGCGGCCAAGGGAUGGUACGACUACAAUCUUCACACGAAACAACACAACACCGAUUUCUAUGCAUCAAUUGCUGUUCCUCUAUUCACUCAAUGUUACGAACCGCUUAGUUUGUCGAAAAGCGACGAUUUGUAUGAUAAAAUGGAGGAAAUGGGUGUAUUCAGCUAUGUAGGAGGAAUCCCAACGAGGUAA